AUGCCUACUUUGCCUCAAGAAAUUCUAGAAGAAAUAUUCAAGUAUUUGAGCCCCAAAGAUAACACACAAUGUCAACUUACGUGUCGUCGCUGGGAACAACUUGCUCAAGAAGCUGUCUAUAAAGAAGUUGAGAUAGUUGACGACGAUCAAAUGACAUCAUUCCUACAGUCACUUGCAACUUCAGUUUCUUUACCUGGAAAGCUUAUUCGACACAUCAACAUCAAAUACCCUUCCGAAGAAGAAGUCACAGAUAACUAUCCAGGUUAUGAUUGGGACUCGGAUGAUGAUUUUGAUCUCACGAAUGUGUUUACUGAACUGGCCAAACACUCUCCCAACUUGGAAUCUAUUGACUUAUCAAGGACUUCGAUUCCUUUUUGGAAAGACUUGCUUGUCGAAUGGAAGAAAGGCAAUUGGAAGUACUUGACCACGAUACCCUAUCCUGAGUGUGACGAUGAGGUAGACUAUUACUUUCGGGCUAUUCUUGCCAUACAUGACAAAGUGAAAGAGAUUAUGUUGUGCGACUGUCUAUUGACGCGACAAAGAGGCUCACAUUCUGAGAGAUUCAAAAGAAUGGUUAACAAGAUGAAGUAUUUUAUAAAAGUAGAGAAACUGACGUAUCAAAGAUAUAAUGCAUGUUCUCUAAAAGAACUUGACAGUGUGAUAGAAGAUCUUCCUUCUCUAAAAGAAUUGAAUUUGUGGAUGUUCCCUUCGGAGCAAGAAACGACGCAUUUAGAUAGUUACGACAUGUCGAGUUUAAUUCCAAGCCCAAAGAUAAAAAAAUUAAAUGCUAGCAUGAUCCUUGGUUCUGAAAGAGCAUUUAUAUAUAUCAUGAACAAAUUUCCCAAACUAGAAAACCUGCAAAUAAACUGCACAGAAGAGAACGAAUCAUGGUCCUUUCUUAGGUCAACUCAGCCAGCUUUCUCUAGAAACUCAAUACAGAAAAUAACAGAUUAUCUAUUGCGACUGAAACGAGUUCAUAUCAAAGAUAUCAACUUUAAGAAUAUUGGAGAAUUUGUGAUUGAUGUGCGAAGCAAGCUAGGGCGUGGAAAUUUGGAAAUUGAAUUUAUUGUAGAUUAUGGCGCAGAUGAGAUUACCUAUAGAGACCUGCAAAUGACAUACAAUCAAUAUGAAAACAACAACCAUCCUCAUAUUCAUAUGACAGCUGUAUUGGGUGCUGAUCUUAUUUGUCGAUUCACUGAAAAGGUGCAAAAGAUAGGUCGCGUCUUGGACGAACUGACAGUCUACGCCAUUGAACUAGAAUCCUUCUUCUUUUUCAUUGGGCACAAAGACUGCAAGAAAGCAGUUGCGCCAGAAUGUUAUUUGGAUCAUAUCUGUACAACAUAUCCCAACCUUAAAAUAUUGACUUUGAUAGGCGUUAAUUUGAUUGAUCUUUCCUUUGAUAUGGACACAGAAAGUGCAUUACAAAUUUUGUGCCUUAAAGGAUGUGCUUAUUCUCCUUUUGUCUUGCAUCAAAUCUCAGAUCGCUUUCCCAAACUCAAGGUAUUGCGUAUCACGAGCCCACGGAUUGUCGAAGCCAAUGGCUCUGGAGUGCCAAGUAAGAACACAAAUAUAUACAUAGACAUGCCUCACUCCUCGCUUGAUUUGCUGGGCCUGGAAGGCAUCGGGUUUGAGGCCAUGUCCAAGCAUUUCUAUAUAAAAGUCACUUCUGAAAAAUCAGACAAGUAUUACAGAUUCACAACACCUAUACAAUCUGCUGCUGUUGCCGAAGAAUUUGAAGAUGCUGUUCGUAGUCCAGUCCAUUUGACGAUUCAUGUAAGAUGCAAAGACAUUGGUGUUAUCCUUGUAGAUGAUGUGCUUCAUUCUAUUAUUGGGUGUCUUAAUGUGACAUGA